UCAGCCUCUUAAUGACAUGUUUCAAGACUCUGUGAGCCACAUGAGCAUGCCUGAGAAGUAGAAGAAGAAGAAGAAGUAGAAGAAAGAAGGGAGAAAAAACUGUCCAACCCCUCUGAAGAUUUCCUGUUUCGUGAAAAGUGCAUAUAGGGCAAGUCCUGCCCGCUGUGUUUACUCUUCUUCUUCUACCCGGAGCUGGAGCUGUGAAGGCGUCUUUUUUUUUUUAAAGGGGGGGCAGCAACAGGCGGACCGACCAAAGUCCGCCGUGUCUGGAUAUUAACCCGUUGUCAAGGCUUCGGCAAAUUAAUGAAAAAGAGGGGAGUGUAUAGUCCGUUUCUAAAUGGAGCUACUUCGGCUUUCCGCUUUUUGGUGUGGGACGAUAUUCUUUAGCAGUGUUGUGCUCGAGGAGGCGGGAGCCAGCAUAAUGAAGGUGAGACGGCUGUGCAAGUUCUGUGAUGUGCGGGCAACCACCUGCGCGGGUAAAGGGAGCUGCAAGGUGGAGUGCGAGAUCACCUCCAUCUGCCCGGAUAAACAAGAUGUGUGUGUCAGUAUCUGGAGGAAGACUGAUGACAACGUCACCUUUGAUACAGUGUGCCACAACCCAGCUCAUAAGCUGUAUGGACUGGUCCUGGAGGAUUACAACAACAGCAAGUGUGAAAUGAAAGAAAGGAAAGGCAUGGGCUCGCAGUUCUUUAUCUGUUCCUGCUCUGAAGACGAGUGCAAUGAGCACAUCUUCUUUAACUCCUACAUGAAUUCCCAGGUGGUGGCAGUCAUCUUAGUGAGCCUAGUGCCUCUGCUGGUCAUGGCUGUUGUCGUCAUCACUUCCUUCUACUGUUAUCGGGUCUAUCGCCAGAGGCAAGCCAGCUCCAGGCGCAAGAGGGGUCCUCCGCUGGACUUCAGCGACGGUCGUGCCAUCAUGAUCGACGAUGAAGGAUCAGACAGCAGCUCCACACACGCCAACAACCUCAACCACAACACAGAGCUGCUGCCCAUUGAACUGGACAUACAGGUUGGAAAGGGACGCUUUGCUGAAGUUUACAAAGCCAAGCUGAAGCAGGGCUCCUCAGUCAGCGAGGAGCAGGGCUUUGAGACAGUGGCCAUUAAGAUUUUCCAGUACGAGGAGUAUGCUUCCUGGAAGAAUGAGAAGGAGAUUUUCUCAGACGCAGACUUGAGACAUGACAAUGUGCUUCACUUCCUGACAGCAGAGGAAAGGAAGGUACAGAGACAGUACUGGCUGAUUACAGCCUACCUGCCGAAAGGGAACCUCCAGGAAUAUUUGAUUCACCAUAUUAUCAGCUGGCACGACCUGUGGAUGCUGGGGGGUUCACUGGCGCGCGGAGUGGCACACCUUCACAGCGACCACACCACCUGUGGCCGCUACAAGGUGCCCAUCGCACACAGGGACAUUAAGAGCUCCAACAUACUGGUGAAAAGCGACUUGACCUGCUGCCUGUGUGACUUUGGCCUUGCCCUACGCCUGGACAACACUCUGUCUGUGGAUGAGCUGGCCAACAGUGGGCAGGUGGGUACAGCCAGGUACAUGGCCCCAGAGGUCUUGGAGUCCCGAAUCAACCUAGAAAACAUUGAAUCCUUCAAACAGGCCGAUGUUUAUUCCAUGGCUCUUGUACUGUGGGAGAUGAUUUCCAGGUGUAACGCAAUUGGAGAAGUGAAAGAGUACGAGCCACCCUUUGGGAACCUGAGGGAACACCCGUGUGUCGAGAGUAUGAAGGACAGCGUUCUCCGAGACAGAGGAAGACCCGAGAUCCCUGACCGCUGGAUCAACCACACGGGCAUCCAGAUGGUGUGUGCCUCCAUAGAGGAGUGCUGGGACCACGACCCGGAGGCCCGUCUGACAGCCCAGUGUGUCGCUGAGCGUUUCUACGACAUGGAGUACCUGGACAAGCUGUCAGAUCGCUCUGACUCAGAGGAGAAGAUCCCUGAAGAAAUCUUUGUGGUGGAUGAGAAGUAGAGCUCCACAGAAACACUGCCCCCACCAGGGAGGCAGAGGAAUUACAAGCAAGUAGCUGGCUGAGAGAGAGACUCCAGUGGAUGCUUCGUUUGCUAUGGGUUCGUCAGAAAUAUCUGACGGAGGAGCAAACUGGAAACUUGUGUGGAUGAAACAGAACUGACACCAGAGGUGGACCAUACACAGAUCAGGAUGAACAUAAAUAUAAACAGCAUCGACUGCCUUGACUUGUGUUCUUCUACAUGCUUCAAAGACUGUAAACAAACAGGGAAAAUACAUUAUAAAGCUUCUUUAACCAAACACUAUUUGCACUUUACCAACAUCUAUACACACCAAAUGAUAUAUAUUCUUUUUGUUGUGAGAAUACGUUUCAGGUAUAGGAAAUAAAGGGACCGAACAUAUUCAGGAAAGGGGGUAAAAGAGUGUGAUGUAAAAUAUUCAAACAAUUAAUAACACUAAUAUCCCCAUUAUAGUUAAUUCGACUGCAUACUAAAAUGUUUUCAAGGUGUCAGUGGGAUUGGAUGUCAAGGUGCAAGUAUAAUUUUGAAAUUACCCACAGCAAAGAAAUAGAAAAGCCAUCCAAGGCAGUAAUCUGCAGGGAACGCUGAUAACAUAUCUCAAGGAAUAUGAUUUGUAAAAUAAAACCUGCCUGAAAGGAGAACGGGAACAGAUAUAUACCGCGCGCGCGCGCGCGUGUGUGUGUGUGUGUGUGUGUGUGUGUGUGUGUGUGUGUUACUCAGAGGACUCUGAUCCAAAAAAGAGUCUGUUUAAUCAGACAAAGAGAAUCAAAGCAAUAGAAAUAUGUAUGAAAGACUCUAAACUGGAAGUUUGUGCCUGUAUGCCUAUAUGAUAUCAAAUCUAAGCUUCUUUGUAGAUGAAAAGGGAAUUCUGCUCCAGUGGUCAGAAAAAAAUCUAUAUCAAAGUCAUUUUUGUAUGAAAGUGUAAAGCCAUAAUUAAAAGUAUUACAGUACUCA